AUGCUUGAUGCGCCGGUGAUUUUGCUGAAGGAGGGCACGGAGGCCAAGUUCGGCAGGGAGCAGAUUAUAAGCAACAUCAGCGCAUGCAAUGUGCUUGCAGACAGCAUCCGCAGCACGCUGGGUCCGCGCGGCAUGGACAAAAUGAUCAUCGACUCCAAAGAUCAUAUAACGGUAUCAAAUGAUGGAUCGACCAUAUUGAACAUGCUGGAAGUUAUCCUUCCGGCGGCGCGGAUUAUGGUUGAUAUUGCGAAAGGCCAAGAUGCUGAAGUUGGCGACGGUACAACAACAGUUAUUAUUUUGGCAGCCGAGCUUCUGAAUCGUUCGAAGCCGUUCAUUGAAGAUGGCGUAGGCCCACAAUUAUUAGUUCGCGCUUAUGGAAAAGCUUGUGAUGAGGCAGUGAGUCGGCUAAAGGAGCUUGCUGUACCAGUCACCGAUGUUGCUAGCAAUCGAGAAAUGCUGCUUCGAUGUGCUGCAACUUGCCUCAGCAGUAAACUGGUAUUUUUCACUUUAUGCUUUUUUUCAUGCCCACAACAGUUGUAA